AUGACAGUAAGAUUUAGAUGGCAAAAAGGUUCAUUGGCCUAAUAACUUCUGGUGUGCAAUCAUUGAACCUCAGUCUUGAUACUUAAAGUUCAAAAGGGGUCCUCCUUGUUAGAUGUUCAAGAAAGUUGUAGGCCCUGCUACACUUCUUGGUUCUAAAUUCUUGAUCAUUAGUUGGGAGGCAAAACCAUGUGAUAAUGCAUGACUCAUGUCCUGUCUUUAAUGUCCGAAGAAAAGCCUCUUUACCACAUCAACAAAAUGAUGAUUCUUCUGUAUAUAAGCUCAUAACUUGAUUAGCACAGCACCAGUUCUUCAUUCACAAACAUUAUAGAAAGCCUUCUUUAUCCUUUAAAUCUUUCUAUUCAUUGUUUGUUUGAUUUAAUACAAGGAAGCAUCCUGUACAACAAUGGCUAUUCGUCUGCCUCGUAUUAUUCAAGCUAAGCAAAUUCUUAGGCGCUCCAUAUUGACGUCUAAUGCUGCCAUUUCAGCUUCUGUAGAUGUUCCAAGAGGCUAUUUAGCAGUUUAUGUUGGAGAAAAUGAAAAGAAACGAUUUGUGAUUCCCGUUGCUUACCUGAAUGAGUCUGCAUUCCAAGAAUUACUAAGCCAAGCCGAGGAAGAGUUUGGUUUUGAUCAUCCAAUGGGGCGUUUGACAAUCCCCUGCAGAGAAGACAUGUUCAUUGAUCUCACUUCUCGCUUGAGUAGAUGUACGAGUUAACCGAGCUGGCACGCAGUGUUAGACAAUAAUAGUAUUUAGUUGACAUAGCAAAGCACAAUCUUUGUAAUGUAGAGCAUGCAGAUUGCUUUUGUACAUUGCUUUUUUUUCCAUGAAAGCAGAGCAUUAUGACUAUUUGAAGCUGUCUGAAACUGCCAUUAGUAGAGGAACAAAAUACAGCUUCAAAAGAAUGAUUUAUUAAUCUUCCUUAUCAGAUUCGACCUGCAGCAUUCUUCUGUUUAAGAGCAACAUUUGCAGAAUAAUAUUCAUGAUCCAUGCUACUCUUCAUAUUCUUCAAGAAGAAAAGAAAGGUAUAAAUCAAU